GCGCAGAGCGAGUGGAGCGCCCGGGGGCUCCGGGCGGCGGCGGCGGCGGCGGCGCAGAGGAGGAAGGCGGCCCCGGCCCGUCCCGCGGCCCCGCGGCCCCGCGGCCCCACUCGCCCCCGGCCCCGGGGCCGUCCGCCGCCGCCAUGGCCCGGCCGCUGGUGCCCAGCUCGCAGAAGGCGCUGCUGCUGGAGCUCAAGGGGCUGCAGGAGGAGCCGGUGGAGGGCUUCCGGGUGACCCUGGUGGACGAGGGCGACCUGUACAACUGGGAGGUGGCCAUCUUCGGGCCCCCCAACACCUACUACGAGGGCGGCUACUUCAAGGCACGCCUUAAGUUCCCCAUCGACUACCCUUACUCGCCGCCGGCCUUUCGGUUCCUGACCAAGAUGUGGCACCCCAACAUCUACGAGACUGGGGACGUGUGCAUCUCCAUCCUCCACCCCCCGGUCGAUGACCCCCAGAGCGGGGAGCUGCCCUCGGAGCGGUGGAACCCUACGCAGAACGUCAGAACCAUCCUCCUGAGCGUCAUCUCCCUCCUCAACGAACCCAACACUUUCUCACCGGCCAACGUGGACGCCUCCGUGAUGUACAGGAAGUGGAAGGAGAGCAAAGGCAGGGACCGCGAGUAUACGGAUAUCAUCCGGAAGCAGGUGCUGGGGACCCAGGUGGACGCGGAGCGGGACGGCGUGAAGGUGCCCACCACGCUGGCCGAGUACUGCGUGAAGACCAGGGCGCCGGCGCCGGACGAGGGCGCCGACCUCUUCUACGACGACUACUACGAGGACGCCGAGGCCGAGGCCGAGGCCGACAGCUGCUUCGGGGACGACGGGGACGACUCGGGCACCGAGGGCUCCUGAGCCCGCGUGUCCGCCAAUAAACGUACAGCUCUUA